UUCUUUCUGUGUUUCUUUCUUUCCCUCUUUCAAUCCCUCCUUCCAUACCCACAAAUAGAAACCGAACAAAACAAAAGCAAAAAAAAGUUUUAAUUUUUUUUUUUACUCUCAUAUAUCAAACAAAAAAGAAAAAAAGAAAAAAAAAAACCUAAAUAAUCUCUCAAAUGGGAAUUUCAUGGAGCGGCAACCGGCGACGGAACAACUACUUCCAACACCCGCCGCCACUUGCUCCUCCUCAGCCGCCACCGCCGCCGAAUCACUUCCGUUCCUCGUACUACUUGGACCAUCACCAUCCACCUCCUCCGCCGCCGCCGCCGACAAACAACAACUACGUCUUCGCAACUCCCACCACUUCUUCUUCUUCUUCUUCUUCUUCUUCUUCCUCGUACCCAAACCCUUCUCCUCCGGUGAGCCAGCCCCAGUACUAUUCCGCUCCCUACGGUGCGUGCAAUCACCCCAAUUCCAUGGUGGGUCAUGGUCGGUACAGUUACAAUUACAGUUACCACAACCAGCCUUACCACGCUAACCAGGCCCACGCCGCCUGGUGGGCCCCGCCGCCGACGAUUCGCCCUCCGGUGGGCCCUCCUCCGCCGCCGCCGCCGCCGUUCGUGGAGCACCAGAACGCCAAGAAGGUGAGGAACGACGUCAAUGUCCACAAGGACACGUUCAGGCUCGAGGUCGAUGAGCAGAACCCUGAUCACCUCUUGGUCUCCUUCGUUUUUGACGCCAUGUUUGAUGGCAGCAUUACCAUUUUAUACUUUGCCAAGGAAGAGCCAAAUUGUAAGUUCAUUCCAUUGUAUCCUGAGGCAUUUAUGCCUGUGAGAAUCCCCUUUCAGAAAGGAAGUGGCCAGAGGUUUCGCCAGCCUUCAGGAACGGGCAUUGACUUAGGCUUCUUUGAGUUGGAUGACCUCUCAAAACCAUCACCAGAAGAAGAUGUGUUCCCUCUCGUAAUAUCUGCUGAAACAUGUCCGCCUUCUAAUUCGACGGGAGAACAUCUUAGUAGUUCGCAAGAUAUAUCCAAUAAUAUGCAGAUUACUCAGGCUGUGCUGGAGAAGAAAAACACAGAAUCUUUCCAAGUUAAAGUAAUUAGACAAAUACUAUGGGUUGAUGGGGUUCGCUAUGAGCUACGGGACAUAUAUGGAAUAGGAAGCUCAUCUGUGGAAGGCUUUAAAGACAAUGAUUCUGGAAAGGAGUGUGUUAUUUGCAUGACCGAACCUAAGGAUACCUUUGUCUUACCUUGCCGACAUAUGUGUAUGUGCAGUGAAUGUGCCAAAGAGUUGAGGCUUCAAUCAAACAAAUGCCCCAUAUGUCGUCAACCGAUUGAGGAACUUGUAGGGAUCAAGAUUAAUAAUGGUGAUGAGUGACAUAUAUUUUUCUCUCAAAUACAAAUUUCAUUUCAUGGUACGGCCAUAAAAAUUUAUUUGUUUGAGUGCAUCGUCAAUUUUUUCCCCGCCUUGUAUAUUAUUUUUACAUGUUAUAUUUUCCUUCUGAUAUCAUAGAGCAUGCAUAUCCAAUUUGUCAAAGAUGGACUUGAUUAACCUUGUAUGCAUGGUGUAGAGUGAAGCAUUAUUAGCUUCUUCGACAGUCUUGGUCGGACACACUUCGUUUUUAUACUUGUAUAAACAAGUCCACAGAAGUUAUAAAUAUUUAUAUUGCACGGUAAAUUUUGUAAAGCUUUCAUAUUUUGAAGCAAUUCUUUUUCCUCCCUUGUUUACAUGUGUCUCAGAGGUGGAUAAAACAAUCUUCUAUAUGACUU